GGGCUUUUUUCAGCUCUGUGACUGGCGGGACUGCCUGUUUUUGUCUCUUUCCAGGAUACCCCAAUAAGGACUGACCCCCUUUUUUCUCGCAGUGUGUGUCUCCAAAGAUAAGAGUAUAUGUAUGUGUCUUGCCAUGUCCUAUCCUCAGGGCUACUUAUACCAACCAUCUGCUUCUUUGGCUCUAUACUCCUGCCCUGCUUACAGUACCAGUGUCAUCUCUGGACCCAGGACCGAUGAGCUUGGAAGGUCUUCCUCUGGCUCUGCCUUCUCCCCUUAUGCUGGAUCUACAGCUUUUACAGCUAGUUCUGCUGGCUUCAACUCCCCCCUACAGUACAGUGGGGAUCCAGCUGCUGCAUUCACUUCCUAUGUGGGCUCACCUUAUGACCACAGUACAGGCAUGGCUGGAUCAUUAGGGUAUCACCCCUAUGCUGCCCCCUUGGGAUCUUAUCCUUAUGGAGACCCUGCAUAUAGAAAAAAUGCUACCAGAGAUGCCACUGCAACUUUGAAGGCCUGGCUCAAUGAGCACAGGAAGAAUCCUUACCCCACCAAAGGCGAGAAAAUUAUGUUGGCAAUCAUCACCAAGAUGACUCUCACCCAGGUUUCCACAUGGUUUGCAAAUGCAAGACGAAGGCUGAAAAAGGAGAAUAAAAUGACUUGGACCCCUAGGAACAGGAGCGAGGAUGAGGAGGAUGAGGAGAACAUUGAUCUAGAGAAAAAUGACGAAGAUGACACACAAAAAUUAGAAGAAAAUAGGGAUCCGGAUGGGGAUACAGGAAAAAGGAGUCCAGGCCUGGAGGAGUCUGAUCGUUUAGAAGGCAACUCACUACAGGGAAAAGAAACUGACCCCAUCAGAAGUGAAUCUGAAUUAAAUGAUAUAGAAGACAGAACAGAUCUCAUCUCUAAAGUCAAUGCUCCAUCUUCUCCAUCUCUGUGUCAAACUGUACAGACUCCAAAGGCAUCAGAGGAGGAAAGUUUACACCAUCAUCAUCAUCAUCAUCACAACCAUCAUCCCAAAGUUCAGCAACUUAAUCACCAACACCACCAAGUGCAUCCCAUCGACCUGGCUCAUAGGAGUACCCAAAUUCAGCAUGGUACACUAACAAGCAAUGCCACCUCAGUUAUCCAUUCUCCCCCAGCCGCCACUUCUAAGCCAAAGCUGUGGUCCUUGGCAGAGAUAGCCACCUCUUCGGACAAGAGUAAAGAAAGCAAUUCUCCUGGGCCAGGCUCAACUUCAUCCCAGUCAGUGGUUGGCAGUACUUCUUCACCAUCCAGAUCUCCUUCUACACCAUGCCACUUCCCCGCCAACCCUGUAUUAUCCCGACCCCUGUAUUACAGUACACCAUUUUACCCUGGUUAUACGAACUAUGGCUCUUUUGGUCACCUUCACAGUCACCAUGGACCCAGUACAACUUCACCAGCCAACAGCACUCCACAUUUCAAUGGAUUAACGCAGACUGUCCUAAACAGAGCUGAGGCUUUGGCCAAAGAGUGCAGACUUAGAAGCCAGUCUCAAGUAGACCUUAGCAAAGAGACUUCUUAUGAAAUGAAGAAAGGUAUGUCCAGCAUUUAAUUAUGGCUUCUUCUGCAAGCAUUGGACAUAUUUUUUUUUAAUUUAUUAUUGAUAUAAAGCCUGGGCGAUUUAUCAGUCCACCACCAAGAGAAUAAAUUAGUACAAAAUUAACAAUACAGAUUACUUUUGUCCCUUCCUUUAACAGUUUGACUGGUCUAACUGAUGUCUUAAACACUCCUGUAAGAAAAUACAAGAUUUGUAUCUGUAUAUUUAAUGUAGCAAUUUUGUAUUUAAAUGGAUCGUUAAUAUCUUUGAAGUAAAUUAUAAAAUCAAGGCAGCUGUACAGUGAGUUAUGUUGGUCUUUGGUCAAUAUAAAUAUAUGCAUUUCCUUUUUUUUUUAAUUGUUUGAAAAAAUACAAGAUUAAUCUUUAAGUGUU